UUUGAUACACAUUAUUGUCAAUAAGGUGUAGGCAUUUCCUUAGAGGGCACUAGUUUGGGCGUCUUGUUAUAUAUGAGUGCUUGAUUCUCCUACCCUUCAUAGUUGUGGUCUAAUCUGAGCUUACCUUGCAAUAUCUCAACCAUGUGUGACACCAUGUCUGGACCUCUUGAACGACCGUUUAAAGCAGGUCCUGAAAAAACUGAAAUUGAAUGCUCUGAGGAUGAGAGGAAGACAAGACUUGGGUCUCUUAAGAAGGCGGCAAUCAAUGCCUCCACCAAGUUUAGGCAUUCCUUGAAAAGGAAAGGCCGGAGAAACAGUAGGGUUAUGUCUGUUUCUAUUGAGGAUGACAUUGAUGCAGAGGACUUGCAGGCUGUGGAUGCAUUCCGCCAAGCACUUAUCUUGGAAGAACUAUUGCCCUCUAAACAUGAUGAUCAUCAUGUGAUGCUGAGAUUUUUAAGGGCUAGGAAAUUUGACAUUGAGAAAGCAAAGCAAAUGUGGGCUGAUAUGCUGCAGUGGAGGAAGGAGUUUGAUGCAGACACAAUCAUGGAGGACUUCGAAUUCAAGGAGAUUGAUGAAGUCUUAAACUACUACCCACAAGGGCAUCAUGGAGUUGAUAAGGAAGGACGACCUGUUUACAUUGAAAGACUUGGCCAAGUUGAUUCUAACAAGCUGUUGCAAGCCACAACAAUGGACCGUUAUCUGAAAUAUCACGUGCGGGAGUUUGAGAGGACCUUUGCUGUCAAGAUGCCAGCCUGCUCCAUUACUGCUAAGAAGCACAUUGACCAGAGCACAACUAUUUUAGACGUGCAAGGAGUGGGGCUUAAACAAUUUGGCAAAUCUGCAAGGGAACUUAUUCAGCGCCUUCAGAAGAUUGAUGGUGACAAUUAUCCUGAGAGCCUGAACCGCAUGUUCAUCAUCAAUGCUGGUUCUGGAUUUAGGCUCUUAUGGAAUACUAUUAAAACAUUCCUUGAUCCCAAGACCACUGCAAAAAUUCAUGUCCUGGGAAACAAAUACCAGUGCAAGCUGCUUGAAAUAAUUGAUGCUAGUGAGCUUCCAGACUUCUUCGGUGGUACUUGUACGUGUGCAGACAAGGGUGGUUGCAUGCGUUCUGAUAAGGGCCCAUGGAAUGAUCCAGACAUAUUGAAGAUGGUUCAAAAUGGUGAGGCCAAAUGCACAAGGAAAGCAUUGUCAGGCAUUGUGGAGAAGACAAUCUCUGAAGAUGAGAAUGCAUGCCCAAAUGUAAGGUACAAUUCUUUCAACUCAGAAUCAGGUGACUUGCAAUGUCUCUCUCAAAGAUUCUCAAGGGACUAUGCAGAAGAUCCAACACUCUCUCCUGUUCCUGAAGAAUCUCCUGUCACCAGAAAGGGUGCCUAUAACGGCUUUGCUCCAAUGGUUGACAAGGCUGUGGAUGCAGCUUGGUCAAAAUCGGUACAAAAUGAUAAAUUUCACCGUUCCAAAGGUAGUUUCCCUGUGCAUGAUUCUUCCAAGGCUCCUGGAGGAAUAAGCUAUCAGAUUGUUGGUGGGAUCAUGGCCUUUAUUAUGAGCAUCAUCACUAUGGUUCGCUUGACAAGGAACAUGCCAAGGAGACUCACCGAAGCAACCCUUUAUAGCGGCUCUGUUUACUAUGAUGGCAACAUGAUUAAAGGCCACCAGUUGCCAUCACCUGCCAUCUUCAGCAACCAGCACAUGUCAAUGAUGAAGCGCAUGGCUGAAUUGGAAGACAAGGUGAAUAUUCUGAGCAACAAACCAGCAGUCAUGCCACCCGACAAGGAGGAAAUGCUGAAUGCUGCGCUAAGCCGUGUCGAUGCCCUCGAACAAGAGCUAUCCUCAACCAAGAAGGCACUUGAGGACGCUAUUGUUCGACAGCAGGAGAUCCUAGCCUACAUGGAUAAGAAGAAGAAGAAAAAGAAGAUGUUUUUUGGACUGUGAUUGCAGAACCCAUUCAGCUGGGCGAGUUGAUAGGGUGCUGUUUGCUGUGCUAUGCUCCAAAUAAAAACUAGAAAAUUAACUGUAAGUUGGCGGCUGUGUUGAUUUUCUGCCCCAUGGAUGCUGUUUAAUGCAUUCAUUGGAUGUUUCAUGUUUGCUUUUUCCCAGUAUUUAACUCAAAAAGGCUUUUGU